CACCUCUUCAUCAUGUGCACCUACUGCAGCACCGGAGACCUGCACGCGCUGUGGCGCGCCGCCGGGCGCUUCACUGAGGCCACCGUCCGCCUGUUCGCUGGUGCUGUGUAUCUUCAUGACCUGGGCAUCGUGCACAGAGACGUGAAGAUGGAGAACAUCCUCCUGGAUGAGAGAGGACACCUCAAACUCACCGACUUUGGGCUCUCCCGGCACUUGCGGUGGGGUGAGCGAGCCCACACCAUCUGCGGCACCCUGCAGUACAUGGCCCCGGAGGUGCUGAGUGGGGGGCCCUACAGCCACACAGCUGACUGGUGGUCCCUGGGAGUCCUGCUCUUUGCCCUGGCCAGUGGCGAGCUGCUGUGCCACAACCCCCUGUACCUCCACCACUUCCAGGCGCACCCCUUCUUCCGUGGGGUGGCCUUUGAUGCUGACCUGCUGCAGAAGGACCCGGUGGCGGUGGCA